CCAAGUAAGUUCCUUGACGACAUGUUUGUAAUUACCCUUGUAUGUUUGAUAUUAAGUCUGUGAUGUUGUUAAUGACUCGUCAUCAGCUGGCAUCUUGUUUGUGUUUGAUUAUGAUUCAGUGUCCUAUAUUCUACAUUUGUUAUGCCUUAUGCUGUCACACGUCCUCUAUAUAAUGCAGCUUUAGUCAUUAAUGUCCAUUUAUAAUCUGUUUACACCCAGCAUAGAUUAGUCUGCUGACUGCACUUUUAAGAGAGCUGCAAAUACUGUAUUGUUUGUAACAGGAUAUUUAUUGUGUCAGUACAUAAAUAUUUUUCAUUUUAACUCCUUGCUCACGAUAAAAGGUGAAAAAUAUCUCCUGACUCCUACUUCUUAAUCAAAGUGCUGAAGUGGUCAGCAACAUUAAAUAACUGGCUUGCUAAAUUGGGCAAUACCCAACAGCAGAUAUUUGCUGAUGACCAUAUUUAGUUUUAUGAGGAUGUACCAGGGUUUGCUGUGGUAUAAAACCAACUAUCGAUCUGCACACGCAAGAAGACGGAACAAGAUCAAGACUUAACUCUUUCCACUGCAUUGACACCUCAACAUGGAAAACAGCAGUUUUGGGCUGAAAAAUGUGAUUGGAGGUUUAACAGACAAGAGCACUUUGGAGAUCAAGGGAUUUGGGAUUUUUUCUGCCUGCAUUUUCUUUUCCACCAUCAUAGUGGGUGUCAUUGGAAAUGGGCUGGUCAUAUUUCUGGCCGGCUGCAGAAUGAAGACGACUGUAAACUCCAUUUGGUUUCUGAAUUUGGCGAUUGCAGACUUCAUCUUCCUUUUAUUUUCAGUCACAAAUUUUUGCCUAAUCUUGAGCAAUCAGCACAGUGAUCUCACAUACAUAUUUAUCUUCAUCGCAGCAUGUCUAAAUCUGUUUGUUAGCGUUUGGUUUCUUGUAGUCAUCAGUCUGGAUCGAUGCCUGUGCACAUGGAUGGCUGUUUGGGCUCAAAAUAACAGAACUCUGCGUAAAGCCAGAAUCAUCUGCAUCAUCAUCUGGGUUUCAUCCAUCGGCUACAUUUUACCUUUCUUGAACGUUUUUGAGAUUACAGUUACAAUUCGUGUCACAUAUGGAUUCAUAGUGGACUUUCUCAUCCCCUUCCUGACCAUUGCAUCUUCAUACAUCGCUAUUGGAGUAAAAGUCAAACGCCUCAAAAAGAGGAAGCAGCUCAGGUCAUACAGACUUAUUAUAACUGUAAUCCUGACUUUCUUCAUCUGUUCAUUUCCACAACAUGUUUGCUAUUUUUGGAUGGUAAGGGCAGAAAAUAAUAAUUGGACUCUCACUGAUCAAUUUUGGAAGUUAUUUGCUUUUACUCUCUACCUGGUUAAUCUCAACAGCAGUCUGAACCCAUUUCUCUAUGUGUUCAUGUGUGAGGAUUAUAAGAAGAAGCUGAAACAGUCUCUGGUGCUGGUGCUGGAGACGGCGUUUGCUGAAGAUCAUCUGGACAAUAAAGAAAUGAGACAGACACAAGAUGAUUAACAGGCAAAACAAACCACACUUGAAUUGCUAAAAAUGUAGAAAACCUU